GCAUCCAUCAUCCCGCAUCACACACUUGACAACAUGAGCGUAACACAACAUAAACGUCCUUUCGCACUGGCAUUCCUAACUCAUUUUUCCGCUCUCCCUAACCCAUCAUUCUGGCGCGCGCAUAUAUAUCCUCCCGCCAACUGCAGCUGACACUGACGCACAUGCUUAUAUACACCGACCGGCUUCCCUGCCACAUCAUCAACGGCAUAUUGUCUUUGCCGCGCAUCCAUUCCCAUUUUCUCCGCGCUCCGCUGCAGCACGGCAUCCGCCCGCUGACAAACCGCUGCUGAGCGCCAUAACGGGUCAUACGUGCCGCGGAUAACAAGCCAAUCUGUUGACACAGCGCCGUGGCAGUGCGGUGUGCACACAAUCACCGGCAUAUAAUACACAACUCACCUCCGCCGCGGGCCGUUCCCAUUGAUGAGCUAAUUGCGGCGUUAAGACGGGGACAAGAGCGCCCGGUGAGCAGGGUUAAUCCGCCCCGGUAUGCCCCGCUGCACCGGCGAAUGGGCCCCCAUGGCUAGGCGUUCCGGCGGCCAGUUUCGGCAUUAUCUUCCUCCCGACGCAUUCCGGUGAGUGCCGGGUCCCGGCGGACUGACCAUGCACCACCCGGACAUGCGCAUGACCUCGGCGUACAGCGGGACGGGAUCGGGCUACUCCGGCUACGCCGGCCACGACCACGAGCCCUACACCAUCCCCAGCGUCAUCUCCCCGGCCUUCGUCAACUCCAGCUUCUACCAGUCGGCCAACUUCAACCUCCUGACACUGGUGGACGUCGGCGACACCGGCGAGGGCUCGGUGGUCAAGGCCGGGAUCAUCGCCGGCCUCACCUUCCUCAUCAUCACGCUGAACGUCCUCAUCUUCGGGGCGCUGGCGCCGGCGCUGCACUCGCACUCCAUGAUCGGCUACUUUAUCCUGUCGCUGGCCGGGGUCGAUCUGGCCACCGGCGUCCUCAUCGCGCCGCUGUCCAUCUUCCCGGCGCUGUACGGCUACUGGCCGUACGGGCCGCUGGUGUGUAAGUUAACGGCGUUUCUGGAGAUUACGUUGUGGGCCAUCGCGGUGUAUACGCUGGGAUGGAUUGGCGUUGACAGAUAUCUGGCCAUCCGGAAGCCGAGCCGGUACGAGACGAUCCAGACGAAGAUCCGCUGCCAGUGCUGGGUGGUGUUUACAUGGAUCACGUCGAUAUUCCUUUGCUCACCAACAUUCUUCGCCCACAAUAAAGUCAGCUACAUCGGUCAAGUGCAGCUGUGCAUCCUGGAUCUGCACUUCAUGCUGGCCUACUCCAUCACGCUGCUCAGCCUGAUCCUGGGCCCGACCAUCUGCACGCUCUGCUUCUGCUACUACUACGUCCUCAAGGAGAUGGCCGAGCUCAAGCGCGACGUCAAAGACCAGGAGAAGGAGGCGCUGACGUCGACGACGGAGAACUUGUACAACCCGACGCACCGCAUGUCCUUCGUGGUCAUCGUGGCCUUCGCGCUGGCCUGGCUGCCGUGGUUCCUCCUCCUCCUCUGCCAGCGCGUGCUGCCCUUCGCCUCGGCGGAGCAGGCGGCCGGCUGGCAUUUCGGCUGCGUGUGGUUCGGCAUCAGCGGCUGCGCCUGGAAGUUCCCCGUCUACUGUGCCAUGAGCCGGCGCUUCCGGCGCUGCCUGGCGCAGUUCUUGUGGUCGCUGUGCCUCAAGUGCCGCUUCCGCAAGUCCCUCGAGGACGACAGCGCCAGCAUCGACUGAGCCCCGCUUCAAUCAACGAAACCCUACUAGUAAUUCCACUGCUGAUCAAAUUAUUCGAGAAUUUCUACUGUACAGUAUUUAUUUGAUUGCCCGGUCAUAUUUGUACGUACGUGUUCUGUAUAAUACAAAUUAUUAAUCUCUAUAUAAGAGAGUAUAUGUGAAUUUGUGUCCAGUUCAUCUUCCACAGCGACAAGUCUGAUCCAUUUUGUACAGUAGAUUAGUGUUGGUCUGUUUUUUUUAUGGAGUCGGUUUGUGAGCGUUAUUUUGAUUGAUUUGUACGUCAGUGUGCGUUUGCAUCGCGAUUGUAUAUACGCCGAGUAUUAA